AUGAGUGCUUCCCUUUUUAAUGAAAUUAUUUGUGACCCACAAAACAAUUACUACUCAGUAGAAAACGGUGUUCUAUACAACAAAGAAAAGACUUCAAUAAUAAUGUGCUUCCAGAGAAACUUCACAUCUUUCAUUAUGCCAGAAACUGUUGAGACAGUAUGGAGAGCAGUUUUUGCUGGACAUAUCAUCGAAAAUAUUACUUUUAGUUCAAAAUUAAGAGCUAUUUCCGAAUCAUGUUUCCAGGAAUCACACAUUGUAAAUGUUACAAUUCCAGAUUCAGUAAAAAGUAUUGGCGAUUCUGCAUUUUAUCAUUGCAAAUAUCUCAAUUCAGUUGUUAUUGGUAAUGGAAUUACUAUUAUCCCUGCGAAAUGUUUUGCAGAAUCUAAUAUUUCGAAUAUUAUAUUUAAUGACAAGAUUACAACUAUCAAAGGGUCUGCUUUUCUUAACUGCAUUAACCUAAAAUAUAUGAAACUUCCGAAAACUCUAACUAAUAUCGAAGGAAAUGUUUUCCCGCAUGAUGUAGUUCUUGAUUUUCCCGAGGACGCUCCAUUUUCUUUUGACAACCAAGGUUUAUUAUAUAAUUCCAGCAAAUCAAUCAUUUACAUGCGUUUUAGUGAUCUUGAGCACUAUGAUAUCCCAUCUACUGUUUCUAUUAUUUCAAAUGGUCUUUUCUCUUCUCUCGGAAAACUGAAAUCUAUAAAUUUCACAUCAAACUCUAGUUUAACAACAAUUCUAGAUGGAGCUUUUUGGGGAUGUAUAAAUCUUGAAUAUAUUGAUUUUCCAAAUACACUUACUUAUAUUGGUAAUCAUGCAUUCAGAGAUUGUAAUUCAUUAAAAACUAUUCACUUCCCAGAUUCUUUGAUAGCAAUUAAUGUUUAUGCAUUUCAAAGUUGCAGAAAGCUAACUGAGGUUCAUUUUGGAAGAAACAUCAAAUCAAUUGGUAUGACAUUUUAUGCAUGUGGUUCUUUAGAAACAGUAAUAUUUGUAGGAUCAGAUGGAACAGAUUUAGGUAAAAAUUCUUUUAUUUAUUGUUCAAAACUGAAAACUAUUAUUUUAAGAAAUAUCACAAAAAUCCAAAGUAAUUGCUUUUGGGGUUGUACUUCCUUGCAAUCAAUAGAAAUUCCUGAUACAAUUCAAAUAAUAGGUUCAAAUGUAUUUAUAAAUUCAGGUAUCGAAAAUAUUACAUUUUUUGGGAAAUCCUUCAAUAUCUAUUAUUCCGUCUCAAGCAUUUAG